GGGCUUUCUGAAACCCUAGGCUUAUUGCUAUUCAAUCAAUCAAUCAUCAUAAUGACGCCGAGGGAAAUUCUUCUGGAGGAGGGAUGGGAUGUGUUGGAGAAAGGAAUAACAAAGCUGAAGAAAAUUCUUGAAGGGAAAGAUGAUGAGCCGCAGUUCAAUUCUGAACAAUACAUGGUGCUUUACACAACGAUUUACGAUAUAUGUACCCAGAAGCCUCCAAACGACUACUCUCAGCAAUUGUACGACAAAUACGGAGAGGCCUUCGAAUCGUACAUUGCCUCCGUCGUGCUGCCUUCGCUGAGGGAGAAGCACGAGGAGUUCAUGUUGAUAGAGCUCGUGAAACGUUGGUCGAAUCACAAGGUCAUGGUUCGAUGGCUAUCCAGGUUCUUCCAUUAUCUCGAUCGGUAUUUCAUCGCCCGAUUGGCGCUUCCUCCGCUGAACGAAGUCGGGGUGACAUGUUUCAAAAGCAAGGUGUUUGAGGAAUUGAAAAGAAAAGCUACAGGUGCUGUUAUAGCCCUGAUUCAACAGGAGCGCGACGGAGACCAAAUCGACCGUUCUUUAUUAAAGAACGUGUUGGAUUUGUUUGUGGAAAUCGGGAUGGGACAGUUGAAUUGUUACGAGAAUGAUUUUGAAGAUGCAAUGCUCAAGGAUACCACGUCUUAUUACUCCCGACAAGCUUCUAAAUGGAUUCUCGAAGACACUUGUCCGGAUUAUAUGUUGAAGGCCGAAGAGUGUUUGAAGCGUGAAAAGGACAGGGUGGCUCAUUAUCUCCAUUCCAGCAGCGAAUCCAAGUUGCUGGAGAAAGCGCGACGCGAGCUCCUGACUGUGUAUGCGUCGCAACUCCUGGAGAAAGAACAUUCCGGAAUCUCCGCACUCCUUCGAGAUGACAAGGUGGAGGAUUUGUCCCGGAUGUUUAGGCUCUUCUCCAAAGUAGACCAAGGGUUGGAUCCUGUUGCUAAUGCUUUCCGGCAACAUGUUACUUCCCUAGGCACCGCUUUGGUGAAGCAAGCUGAAGAUGUCGCGAAAGAUAAGAAGGCCGACAUCAAGAAAGACGUUGCUGGAUUGCCCGAGCAAGUAUUCGUGAGGAAGGUGAUCGAUUUGCACGACAAGUAUAUUGGAUAUGUUAAUGACUGUUUCCAAAACCAUUCAUUAUUCCAUAAGGCUCUAAAGGAAGCUUUUGAAGUCUUUUGCAACAAGAAUGUUGCCGGGAGCUCGUGUGCUGAACUUCUCGCGACAUUCUGCGAGAGUAUUUUGGUUAAAGGCGGUGGAGCUGAGAAGCUCAGUGACGAAGACAUUGAACAAACCUUGGAAAACAUAGUGAAGUUGCUUGCCUACGUCAGCGACAAGGAUCUGUUUGCAGAAUUCUACAGAAAAAAACUCGCGCGCCGCCUCUUGUACGAUAGAAGCGCGAGUGACGAGCACGAGAGAAGUAUCCUGACCAAACUUAAACAGCAAUGUGGGGGUCAGUUCACAUCGAAGAUGGAAGGCAUGGUUACAGAUCUCGCCUUGGCAAGAGAAAACCAGAAAGAAUUCAAGGAGCAUCUUGUUAAAAAUCCUCCAGGGAUCGACUUCAGUGUCACUGUCCUUACUACAGGGUUCUGGCCUAGUUACAAGGUUUCUAAUCUUAACCUCCCUGCUGAGAUGGUGAAAUGUGUUGAAGUGUUUCGGGAUUAUUACCAAACCAAGACAAAUCAUAGAAAACUUUCUUGGUUAUAUUCAUUCGGGACAUGUAACAUUAAUGGAAAAUUUGAUGCCAAGCCCGUGGAGCUGAUUCUGUCAACUUACCAAGCUGCUGCUCUGCUGCUUUUCAAUGCAUCCCACGGAUUGAGUUAUCAGGAGAUUAAGGCGCAAUUAAAUCUGCCUGAUGAGGAUGUCGUGAGAACGCUUCAUUCGCUGUCAUGUGCGAAAUAUAAGAUUCUAAAUAAGGAGCCAGGCAACAAGACCGUUUCUCCUACUGAUGUCUUCGAGUUUAACUCGAAAUUCACCGAUAAAAUGAGGAGGAUCAGGAUCCCUAAUCCCCCCGUUGACGAGAAGAAAAAGGUGAUUGAGGAUGUCGACAAAGACAGACGUUACGCAAUUGAUGCUUCAGUCGUGCGAAUCAUGAAAGCUAGGAAAGUAUUGGGUUACCAGCAAUUGGUUAUGGAAACCGUCGAACAAUUGAGCCGUAUGUUUAAACCCGAUGUCAAGGCCAUUAAAAAGCGAAUAGAGGACUUGAUUACUCGAGACUAUCUCGAGCGGGAUAGAGAAAACCCAAACUUAUUUAAGUACUUGGCAUAG